GGAGGUGUGGGUGUUCCGCUUCCAUCCUCGCGGAACGAGCUCCCUCUUCGCGGACAUGGGAUUACCCAGCGGCUGCUAACCCCUCUCCUCGCCCUCCUCCUCCACAGCGGCGUGGCUCCCCGGGCACCAAGGAGCUGACUACGGGGGGAGCCAGACUCCCACUCCUGGCUGGGCGUGUUUUGGCAACAGAGUGCCUGACCCGGGUCAGGAUUCUCAAGAAAGCCAUGUCUGACAAGAUGUCUAGUUUCCUUCAUAUCGGAGACAUUUGUUCUCUGUACGCCGAGGGAUCGACCAAUGGAUUUAUUAGCACCUUGGGCCUGGUUGAUGAUCGUUGUGUUGUCCAGCCAGAAGCUGGGGACCUUAACAAUCCACCCAAGAAAUUCAGAGAUUGCCUCUUUAAACUAUGUCCCAUGAAUCGCUACUCCGCCCAGAAGCAGUUCUGGAAAGCCGCUAAGCCAGGAGCCAACAGCACGACAGACGCAGUACUACUUAACAAACUACACCAUGCCGCAGACUUGGAAAAGAAGCAGAAUGAGACAGAAAACAGGAAAUUGCUGGGGACCGUGAUCCAGUAUGGCAAUGUAAUCCAGCUCUUGCAUUUGAAAAGUAAUAAAUACCUAACAGUGAAUAAGAGGCUUCCAGCUCUGCUGGAGAAGAAUGCCAUGAGAGUAACGUUGGACGAGGCUGGCAACGAAGGGUCCUGGUUUUACAUUCAGCCAUUCUACAAGCUGCGAUCCAUCGGAGACAGUGUGGUCAUAGGUGACAAGGUUGUUCUGAACCCCGUGAAUGCUGGCCAGCCCUUACAUGCCAGCAGUCAUCAGCUGGUGGAUAACCCAGGCUGCAACGAGGUCAAUUCCGUCAACUGCAAUACCAGCUGGAAAAUAGUCCUUUUCAUGAAAUGGAGUGAUAACAAAGAUGACAUAUUAAAGGGGGGUGACGUGGUGAGGCUGUUCCACGCCGAGCAGGAGAAGUUUCUCACCUGUGACGAGCACAGGAAGAAGCAGCAUGUCUUCCUGAGAACUACCGGCCGGCAGUCAGCCACGUCUGCCACUAGUUCCAAAGCCCUGUGGGAGGUGGAGGUGGUCCAGCAUGACCCGUGUCGGGGUGGAGCAGGAUAUUGGAACAGCCUCUUCCGUUUCAAGCAUCUUGCUACAGGGCAUUACUUAGCAGCAGAGGUAGACCCUGACUUUGAGGAAGAAUGCCUGGAGUUUCAGCCCUCACUGGACUCUGAUCAGGAUGCCUCCCGGAGCAGGUUGCGAAACGCCCAGGAAAAGAUGGUGUACUCCCUGGUCUCUGUGCCCGAAGGCAAUGACAUCUCCUCCAUCUUUGAGCUAGAUCCCACCACCCUCCGUGGAGGCGAUAGCCUUGUCCCAAGAAACUCCUAUGUCCGGCUCAGACACCUGUGUACUAAUACCUGGGUUCACAGCACAAAUAUCCCCAUUGACAAGGAAGAAGAAAAACCCGUGAUGCUAAAAAUUGGAACCUCUCCCGUGAAAGAGGACAAAGAAGCAUUUGCCAUAGUUCCAGUCUCUCCUGCUGAGGUUCGGGACCUGGACUUUGCCAACGAUGCCAGCAAGGUGCUGGGCUCCAUAGCUGGGAAGCUGGAGAAGGGCACCAUCACCCAGAAUGAAAGAAGAUCUGUAACCAAGCUGCUGGAAGACUUGGUUUACUUUGUCACUGGUGGAACUAAUUCCGGUCAAGAUGUUCUUGAAGUGGUCUUCUCUAAGCCCAACAGAGAACGACAGAAGCUGAUGAGAGAACAGAAUAUUCUCAAGCAGAUCUUCAAGUUGUUACAGGCCCCAUUCACAGACUGUGGUGACGGCCCGAUGCUACGUCUGGAGGAGCUGGGGGACCAGCGGCAUGCACCCUUCAGACACAUCUGCCGUCUCUGCUACAGGGUCCUGAGACACUCCCAGCAGGACUACAGGAAGAACCAGGAGUACAUAGCGAAGCAGUUUGGCUUCAUGCAGAAGCAGAUUGGCUAUGAUGUGCUGGCUGAAGACACCAUCACUGCCCUGCUCCACAAUAAUCGGAAACUCCUGGAAAAACACAUCACCGCGGCAGAGAUCGACACCUUCGUCAGUCUGGUGCGAAAGAACAGGGAGCCCAGAUUCUUAGAUUACCUCUCUGAUCUCUGCGUGUCCAUGAACAAAUCCAUUCCGGUGACCCAGGAACUGAUAUGUAAAGCUGUGCUGAAUCCAACCAACGCUGACAUUCUGAUUGAGACCAAGCUGGUACUCUCUCGUUUCGAAUUUGAAGGUGUUUCUACUGGAGAGAACGCUCUGGAGGCAGGAGAGGAUGAGGAAGAGGUGUGGCUGUUUUGGAGGGACAGCACCAAAGAGGUUCGCAGUAAGAGUGUGAGGGAACUGGCGCAGGAUGCUAAGGAGGGGCAGAAAGAAGACCGAGACGUCCUCAGCUACUACAGGUACCAGCUGAACCUCUUUGCGAGGAUGUGCCUGGACCGCCAGUACCUCGCCAUCAACGAAAUCUCAGGCCAGCUGGACGUGGAUCUCAUUCUCCGCUGCAUGUCUGAUGAGAACCUGCCCUAUGACCUGCGGGCGUCCUUCUGCCGUCUCAUGCUCCACAUGCAUGUGGACCGAGACCCACAGGAGCAAGUCACUCCCGUGAAAUACGCCCGCCUCUGGUCCGAGAUUCCCUCCGAGAUCGCCAUUGAUGACUAUGAUAGUAGUGGUACUUCCAAAGAUGAAAUUAAGGAGAGGUUUGCUCAGACCAUGGAAUUUGUGGAGGAGUAUUUAAGAGAUGUGGUGUGUCAGAGGUUCCCUUUCUCUGACAAGGAGAAAAAUAAACUUACAUUUGAGGUUGUAAACUUAGCUAGGAAUCUCAUAUACUUUGGUUUCUACAACUUCUCUGACCUCCUGCGAUUAACCAAAAUCCUCCUGGCCAUAUUGGACUGUGUGCACGUGACCACAAUCUUCCCCAUCAGCAAGAUGGCAAAGGGAGAGGAGAAUAAAGGUAGUAACGUGAUGCGGUCCAUCCAUGGGGUUGGAGAGCUGAUGACCCAGGUGGUGCUCCGGGGAGGGGGCUUCCUGCCCAUGACUCCCACGGCCGCCGCCCCUGAGGGCAACGUGAAGCAAGCAGAGCCGGAGAAGGAGGACAUCAUGGUGAUGGACACCAAGUUGAAGAUCAUUGAAAUACUCCAGUUUAUUUUGAACGUGAGGCUGGAUUAUAGGAUCUCCUGCCUCCUGUGUAUAUUUAAGCGGGAGUUUGAUGAAAGCAAUUCCCAGACUUCGGAAACAUCCUCCGGAACCAGCAGCCAAGAGGGACCAAGUAAUGUACCAGGUGCUCUUGAUUUUGAACACAUUGAAGAGCAAGCCGAAGGCAUCUUUGGAGGAAGGAAAGAGAACACGCCACUGGACCUGGACGACCACGGCGGCAGAACCUUCCUCCGGGUCCUGCUGCAUUUGACGAUGCACGACUACCCACCCCUGGUGUCAGGGGCCCUGCAGCUCCUCUUUCGGCACUUCAGUCAGAGGCAGGAGGUCCUGCAGGCCUUCAAACAGGUUCAACUGCUUGUUACCAGCCAAGAUGUCGACAACUACAAACAGAUCAAACAAGACUUGGACCAACUGCGAUCCAUCGUGGAGAAGUCAGAGCUUUGGGUGUACAAAGGGCAGGGCCCCGACGAGGCCAUGGACGGUGCAUCUGGUGAAAAUGAACAUAAGAAAACGGAGGAGGGGAACAACAAGUCCCAGAAGCAUGAGAGCACCAGUAGCUACAACUACAGGGUGGUCAAAGAGAUUUUGAUUCGACUCAGCAAACUCUGCGUCCAAGAGGGCGCCUCUGUGAGGAAGAGCAGGAAGCAACAGCAACGCCUGCUCCGGAACAUGGGCGCCCAUGCCGUGGUGCUGGAGCUGCUGCAGAUCCCCUACGAGAAGGCCGAAGACACCAAGAUGCAGGAGAUAAUGAGGCUGGCUCACGAGUUUCUGCAGAAUUUCUGUGCUGGCAACCAGCAGAAUCAGGCUUUGCUCCACAAACAUAUAAACCUGUUUCUCAACCCAGGGAUCCUGGAGGCGGUCACGAUGCAGCACAUCUUCAUGAACAAUUUCCAGCUGUGUAGUGAGAUCAACGAGAGAGUCGUCCAGCACUUUGUUCACUGCAUCGAGACUCACGGUCGAAACGUCCAGUACAUCAAGUUCUUGCAGACGAUCGUCAAGGCCGAAGGGAAAUUCAUCAAAAAGUGCCAGGACAUGGUCAUGGCUGAGCUGGUUAAUUCAGGAGAGGAUGUCCUCGUAUUCUACAACGACAGAGCCUCUUUCCAGACUCUGAUCCAGAUGAUGAGGUCGGAACGGGACCGGAUGGAUGAGAACAGCCCUCUCAUGUACCACAUCCACCUGGUCGAGCUCUUGGCCGUGUGCACAGAGGGCAAGAACGUCUACACGGAGAUCAAGUGCAACUCCCUGCUCCCGCUGGAUGACAUUGUCCGCGUGGUGACCCACGAGGACUGCAUCCCCGAGGUUAAAAUUGCGUACAUUAACUUCCUGAAUCACUGCUAUGUGGAUACGGAGGUGGAAAUGAAGGAGAUUUAUACCAGUAAUCACAUGUGGAAAUUGUUUGAGAAUUUCCUUGUGGACAUCUGCAGGGCCUGUAACAACACAAGUGACAGGAAGCAUGCGGACUCAGUUUUGGAGAGGUAUGUCACCGAGAUUGUCAUGAGCAUCGUUACCACGUUCUUCAGCUCUCCCUUCUCAGACCAGAGUACGACUUUGCAGACUCGCCAGCCCGUCUUUGUGCAGCUGCUGCAAGGUGUGUUCAGGGUUUACCACUGCAACUGGCUCAUGCCGAGCCAGAAGGCCUCAGUGGAGAGCUGCAUUCGGGUGCUCUCUGAUGUAGCCAAGAGCCGGGCCAUUGCCAUCCCUGUGGACCUGGACAGCCAGGUCAACAACCUCUUCCUCAAGUCCCACAACAUCGUGCAGAAAACUGCCAUGAACUGGCGGCUGACGGCCCGCAAUGCAGCUCGCAGAGACUCUGUCCUGGCAGCUUCCAGAGACUACCGGAAUAUCAUCGAGCGAUUGCAGGACAUCGUCUCUGCCCUGGAGGACCGUCUCAGGCCACUGGUGCAGGCCGAGUUAUCUGUGCUGGUGGACGUCCUCCACAGGCCUGAGCUGCUCUUCCCGGAGAACACAGAUGCCAGAAGAAAGUGUGAAAGCGGUGGCUUCAUUUGCAAGUUAAUAAAGCACACUAAACAGCUGCUAGAGGAGAAUGAGGAGAAACUCUGCAUUAAGGUCCUGCAGACCCUCAGAGAAAUGAUGACCAAAGAUAGAGGCUACGGAGAAAAGGGUGAGGCCCUCAGGCAGAUUUUGGUCAACCGUUACUAUGGAAACAUCAGACCUUCAGGAAGAAGAGAGAGCCUUACCAGCUUUGGCAAUGGCCCGCUGUCACCAGGAGGACCCGGCAAGCCCGGGGGAGGAGGGGGAGGUUCCGGGUCCAGCUCCAUGAGCAGGGGGGAGAUGAGCCUGGCUGAGGUUCAGUGCCAUCUUGACAAGGAGGGGGCCUCCAAUCUAGUCAUCGACCUCAUAAUGAACGCCUCCAGCGAUCGAGUGUUCCAUGAAAGCAUUCUCCUGGCCAUCGCCCUGCUGGAAGGAGGCAACACCACCAUACAGCACUCCUUUUUCUGCCGGUUGACAGAAGAUAAGAAGUCGGAGAAAUUCUUCAAGGUCUUCUAUGACCGGAUGAAGGUGGCCCAGCAAGAAAUCAAGGCAACGGUGACCGUGAACACCAGUGACUUGGGAAAUAAAAAGAAAGAUGAUGAGGUAGACAGGGAUGCCCCGUCACGGAAAAAAGCCAAAGAGCCCACGACACAGAUAACGGAAGAGGCCCGGGAUCAGCUUGUGGAGGCCUCUGCCGCCACCAGGAAAGCCUUCACCACCUUCAGAAGGGAGGCCGACCCCGACGAUCACUACCAGUCAGGGGAGGGCGCCCAGGCCACGGCAGACAAGACCAAGGAUGACCUGGAGAUGAGCGCAGUCAUCACCAUCAUGCAGCCCAUCCUCCGCUUCCUGCAACUCCUGUGCGAAAACCACAACCGGGACCUACAGAACUUCCUUCGUUGCCAAAAUAACAAGACCAACUACAAUUUGGUAUGUGAGACGCUACAGUUUCUGGACUGUAUUUGUGGAAGUACCACCGGGGGUCUUGGUCUUCUCGGACUCUAUAUCAACGAAAAGAAUGUGGCCCUCAUCAACCAAACCCUGGAAAGUCUGACCGAAUACUGUCAAGGACCUUGCCAUGAGAACCAGAACUGCAUAGCCACCCAUGAAUCCAAUGGCAUUGACAUCAUCACGGCCCUGAUCCUCAAUGACAUCAACCCUCUGGGAAAGAAGAGGAUGGACCUCGUGUUAGAACUGAAGAACAAUGCAUCCAAGUUGCUCCUGGCCAUCAUGGAGAGCAGGCACGACAGUGAAAAUGCCGAGAGGAUACUCUAUAACAUGAGGCCCAAGGAACUGGUGGAAGUGAUCAAGAAAGCCUACAUGCAAGGCGAAGUGGAAUUCGAGGAUGGAGAGAAUGGCGAGGACGGAGCUGCUUCCCCCAGGAACGUGGGACACAACAUCUACAUCUUAGCUCAUCAGUUGGCUCGGCACAACAAGGAACUUCAGACCAUGCUGAAACCUGGUGGCCAGGUGGAGGGAGACGAAGCGCUGGAGUUUUACGCCAAGCACACGGCCCAGAUAGAGAUUGUCAGAUUAGACCGAACCAUGGAACAGAUUGUUUUCCCCGUGCCCAGUAUAUGUGAAUUCCUGACCAACGAGUCAAAGCUACGAAUAUACUACACUACAGAGCGGGAUGAACAAGGCAGCAAGAUCAACGAUUUCUUCCUGCGAUCCGAGGACCUCUUCAAUGAGAUGAAUUGGCAAAAGAAGCUGCGAGCCCAGCCCGUUCUGUAUUGGUGUGCCCGCAACAUGUCUUUCUGGAGCAGCAUUUCAUUCAACCUGGCUGUCCUGAUGAAUCUGCUUGUGGCCUUUUUCUACCCAUUUAAAGGAGUCCGAGGAGGAACCCUGGAACCACACUGGUCAGGGCUGCUGUGGACAGCCAUGCUCAUAUCUCUGGCCAUUGUCAUUGCCCUCCCCAAGCCCCACGGCAUCCGGGCCUUAAUCGCUUCCACAAUUCUCCGGUUGAUAUUUUCGGUCGGAUUACAACCCACGUUGUUUCUUCUGGGAGCUUUCAACGUCUGCAAUAAAAUCAUCUUUCUGAUGAGCUUUGUGGGCAACUGUGGCACAUUCACCAGAGGCUACCGAGCCAUGGUUCUGGAUGUUGAGUUCCUUUAUCAUUUGCUGUAUCUGCUGAUCUGCGCCAUGGGGCUCUUCGUCCAUGAAUUCUUCUACAGUUUGCUGCUUUUUGACUUAGUGUACAGAGAAGAGACUCUGCUUAAUGUCAUUAAAAGCGUCACUCGCAAUGGACGGUCCAUCAUCUUGACGGCGGUCCUGGCUUUGAUCCUGGUUUACCUGUUCUCAAUAGUGGGCUACCUUUUCUUCAAGGAUGACUUCAUCUUGGAAGUAGAUAGGCUGCCCAAUGAAACCAUUCUUCCAGAAGCCAGUGAGAGUUUGGCAAGCGAGUUCCUGUACUCUGACGUGUGUAGGGUGGAGACUGGGGAGAACUGCUCCUCUCCGGCACCCAAAGAAGAGCGGGUCCCUGCAGAAGAGACGGAGCAAGAUAAAGAGCACACGUGCGAGACGCUGCUGAUGUGCAUCGUCACAGUGCUGAGUCACGGGCUGCGGAGCGGGGGCGGAGUGGGAGAUGUGCUCAGGAAGCCGUCCAAAGAGGAGCCCCUCUUUGCUGCUCGAGUGAUCUAUGACCUCUUGUUCUUCUUCAUGGUCAUCAUCAUUGUCCUUAAUCUGAUUUUCGGGGUCAUCAUUGACACCUUUGCCGAUCUGAGGAGCGAAAAGCAGAAGAAAGAAGAGAUCUUAAAGACCACGUGCUUUAUCUGCGGCUUGGAAAGGGACAAGUUCGACAACAAGACUGUCACCUUUGAAGAGCACAUCAAGGAGGAGCACAACAUGUGGCACUACCUGUGCUUCAUCGUCCUGGUGAAAGUCAAGGACUCCACAGAGUACACGGGGCCCGAGAGUUACGUGGCGGAAAUGAUCAAGGAAAGAAACCUUGACUGGUUCCCAAGGAUGAGAGCCAUGUCCCUGGUCAGCAGCGAUUCGGAAGGAGAACAGAAUGAGCUGAGGAGCCUGCAGGAGAAGCUGGAGUCCACCAUGAAGCUGGUCACUAAUCUUUCUGGGCAGCUGUCAGAAUUAAAGGACCAGAUGACAGAACAAAGGAAGCAGAAACAAAGAAUUGGUCUUCUAGGACAUCCUCCUCACAUGAACGUCAACCCACAGCAACCAGCAUAAGCAAAUGAAAUAAAGGAAUCGUACUUACCUUUUUAAAUUAUUUUUAGUGUGGGUGUGGCUAAUUCGUUCUGAUUCACCCACAGAGGUUACAUUUAUGCUUAGUAUAUUUGUAAAUACUCAGUUUUAUACCGUAUGUAUAUGACUGCUACUCUCAAGGUUUGGAUAUAUGUAUUGUAAUUAAUUAGAAUUGUUGGCACGAUGAAAUUUCAUUUGUGCCAAAAAUAUUAAAAAUGCCUUUUUUGGAAGGACUAAAGAAAGCACCUGAUUUGCACUUGAACCACAUUAUAGAUUUAAAAGUAUAUGACAUGUAUUUUGUAUUUAAAACUAGAAUAGCCAGUAUUUAUGUUUUUUAUAGAACUGUGCAAUACCAAUUAUGCAAUCACAAUAAAUUUGUAACUCCUGAGUAUCCUAAGGGGAGUGCACAUCUUUGAAGCUGGUGUGUUCAUAGUAUGUAAUAAAUGGUUAACUAUCAAAUGAUGCUGCUGCCAAAAUCAUAUUAAUAGUGAGUUUCAGGCCCCCGGGCAUUUUGUACCAUAUAAUUAGCCUGUGGUGAUACUACUUCUCAUUGCUAGCGGCACCAGUGCCUCUGUCUCGUAGUGACAGUGCUCCAAGCCUACGAACUGUCAAGUCAGCAUUCAUUUUAAGAAAAGCAACUUUAGUUUCAAAGAUACGUUAAGGCUUCUGAAUUGAUCAUUUAAACUAUUUCUUUAAGUAAGAGAGCUGAAUUAGAGGCUCAGACUUUAGUUUGCCAAGUCAGUGAAUUUUUUAAAGGGAACUUUUUAUGCCACGCUUGAGGUAAAUGCAUACUGCUAGCCAAUCAAUGUCAUCUCCUAGGUGAAUUCUGGUGUCACGUUAUCAAGAAAUGAGUAAUUGAUGGGCUCUAGGUUAUCUAGUCCAAACAGUAGAGCUGAUUUUUUUCCUUCAUCUGAACCAACAUGCUACAGUAGCUAAGAAGUAUUAAUCUAUAUCUAUCCAUAUAAAGAUGAAAUAUGAUCUAGCCCAUUAGAGCUCAUAGUUUGAACACUGACAUGUUAUUCUUGUGAAAGAGCCACAGUUGGGUUUUAUUUCUUUGUCACAUUAUUUCUUUUCUUGAUGGAUGAAAAAGUAUGAAAGGAAACUUUUAUAUCUGUUGCCUAGUUUUGUACCUGGAUCUCAUUUUACAAGAGAAUCUCUCUACAAAAAAAGUUAAACGUGUAUUGAAAGCAGAGUUCUGAAAUGAGUAAAGUUUGUAAAUGCGGAUAUAAAAAUAAUAUUUAAUAAAUGAUGCAGAAGAAAUACAGUGACCGGC